AUAAAUUCUUCAAUCAGUUUACUCUUUGCUUCUUUUUUUCUCACCCAAUUUUGUGUAGCCCGUGUGUGCCCAGGAAAUCUUGUUUUCCAAAAAAACACAUAUCGACUGUUUUUAUCAAAUUUUUUUACCGGCACACAAUAAGAACUAUCAGGUGUUUCCGUAUUGUCUUAUAAAAUAAAAAUUAUGAUAUUUCUACUAAUACCUGUACUUUUAUCAGCAAUUAUUGAAAGUGCACAAGCUUCUGUUCUAGAUGAUUUUCGUGCACGUAAAGCUUUUCACAAUGAGCUUUGCCGGGCGCACCCAGAAAUGUCAACUUGCGAUCGUCCUUAUUCAGUGAGAGACUAUAGAGAUGAGCUGGAAAAGGAGAGAACUGAAGAGCCAACUGAUAGCGGAAACUUCAAGGCGAGCCGCCGUUCUGAUUGGGUAGAUGAUGAAAUUGACGAGAAAGAUCUAGAAUACUAUUUAUGGAGAAAACGAAGGCGUCAAUAUUUAAGAACAAAAGCUGCCGCAAUGUUGCGGGAGAGAUAUCGUGAUAGAAUGGAUGAAGAGAGAGCAGAUAGUGGACCUGAUUAUCAUUAUCAUUAUCAUGAAGCCCCUCGAUAUGGUUAUAGUCGAUACGGUGAUGGGUACGGUAGAUAUGGACCAUACAGUGGAUAUGGUAACUCUUAUUAUCCAUCCUAUGGUGGCUACAGUGGUUAUGGUGGAGGCUAUGGCGGAGGAUACGGUGGAGGUUACGGUUAUGGCGGUGGUCUAAUCGGAAGUCUCGUGAAUAUUGGCGGUGGAAGCGGACUCGGAAUCUCUACACCAAUCGGCGGAAUCGGAAUCUCUCAUGGAUGGGGAAUCGGAAUUGGUUAACUAUCAAGAAUAUCCCCAAUUCCCGUUUCUAUGUACAUUUUGUUGCUUUUAUUGCUAAUAAUUGAAUUUUCAACAAACUUU